AUGGAUGUGAUCGAGACAGACAGGGCCCACGUGCAGGUGAACUCAGCAGGCGCCACCAGCUAUGUGAACAACUACAAGAUCAUGACCAUGUUGGGCGAGGGCACCUUCUCCAAGGUCUAUCUGUGCCAAAACGAGGCUGGCAACGAAUUUGCACUCAAGGUUAUCAACAAGUCCAUCCUAAAGCGCAAGCGCGAGUACAAGCGCGUCGACGGAAAACUCAUGCUCUCCAACGCCUUCCAGAAAGUUCAAAAGGAAGUGGCCAUCAUGAAAAAGCUAGCGCACUCGAAUCUGGUGCGGCUGUACGAGGUGAUUGACAGUCCGGCCGACGACAAACUCUUUCUGGUGCUGGAGCUCAUUCGAGGUGGUCAGAUCAUGUACUGGGACGACAAGCAGUUCCGCUACUUUGCACGCAAUACUUCGAGCGGCGUACUGGACAAGGACAUGGUGCGCGAGUGCUUGCGCGAUGUUGUGGCUGCCCUCGAUUUUUUGCACCGCAACCACAUCUGCCACCGUGAUAUUAAGCCCGAGAACAUCCUUCUGUCUGGUACCCAAUACAAGCUCGCCGACUUCGGCGUCGCGUACAUGAAUGAGGAUGCACCAGCAGUUGCAGCCAAAGCGGGGGACGCUGCCGCGUUAAGACUUCGUAGCACGGAAGGAACGUACCAUUUCCUGGCCCCCGAAUGCACCACAGGAGAUGAGUACGACCCGUAUCAAGUGGACGUUUGGGCACUGGGAGUGACCAUGUUCACGCUGCUAGUUGGAAUGCUACCGUUUGGUACGAGUGUUGCGUCGUUGAGUGACGUUAUGACUUCAAUUCGCGAGGACCCGCUGAUCCUUCCCCCCGACCUCGACCCGGAGUGUGCCGACAUGCUUACAAAGCUCAUGGAAAAGAACCCUCGGCUCCGUAUUACGAUCCCACAGCUCAAGACGCACCCAUGGAUCUCACGAUCAGGUGGCGAGUUGGAUCGGAGACCGUCAGGACUCGAAGUCAUGGUCACACAGCAGGAGAUCGAAGCGGCCUUCACGCCCGUCAACAACUUUAUCCUCGUCAUGAAGCUCAAGAUGAAGAUGUCCUCGCGCUUAAACAGCGCCCGAAAGUCGCUCGCGAGCAGUCCAAACAGCAAGCGGCGGGUUGAGGCGGUACCCGUCACAAAGCACGUUCCUCUUGCUUUGACUCCACUAAGCGCAGACAAAUUCGAUGAAGGGAUCGAGCUUGUCUCGUCAAAGACUAUGGAGAUGGCUCCGAGCGAGCAGCCGCGCGCAGGCAACGACCGAUUGCAACGCCGAUCGAGUCGCUUGGUCGAGUCGAUUAGUGAGACGGUG